GACACAGUUUGUUUACCUGUGUCCUGGCUGGGGAGUUAACCAGGGUACAUUAAGAAGUCGUUUCAUUCACUGCUUAGACAAGUGUUUGUGGACAGCAUGCGAAAAUAAAACAACAUGGGGCUGAUUAUAUACUAUGUGCUUGUUCAUUUAGCUGUUCUUGUGAUGCUGUUUCCACCUUCUUAUGAGUCAAAACAAACGUAUACAAGUUCUACAAUAUGUAGACGUGGAAAUAACCAAACAUCCUUCUACAAGGCAAGCUGCAAAGACAAAGUCACAAAUGUAUCACAAGACGUUGAAAUUAUUGCAGUUACAAAGGUAUUGUAUGGCGCCAAGCCCAUCUCCUCUGAAUGUGCCUUGAAUGGUUCAGCCGCUGAGUGCUGCAGCCAUGUCCCAGACCAAGACUGCCUGACUGAGCCAGCUAGUGGUGGUUACCUGUCGAGCAUAGCAGAAGACUGCAGUGGAGCCAAAUCAUGUGAAGCUGUUGGCAGAACAAUCGAUGCCUCCACAUACUGUCCAUCAGCCGGCAAUCAGUUUGAAGGAGACACAACUUACAGCAUGUUCGAGUACCAGUGCAUCAAUCUUGGACUGCUUGAAAACAUGUGCCAUGAAGGAGUCAUUCAGCAGGGAGAGGAGAUCUACUUGGCCAGCAACAUAUAUUUCCAAAAUAAGGAUGAAGACGAUGAUUGUUUUUGUAAACUAUCCACAACAUGUGGAAGUCGGGUCGUCUUUGAGGCUGUUGACAUCCGACUUUCUAGAAUACAUGGAGGCGGGUGUGGUGAAAGUAUUUUGUUUUCUGACGUCAGGGAUCCAGAUCACAACCACACUGUCACCUGCUAUGACAGAUAUCUACAGAUGAAGCCAGUGUUCGAGACUCAUAGCAACAUCGGCAGUGUCGACAUGCGGAUUAAGGAUGAUGAAAAGAAUUUGGGAUAUGUCUGGAUUCGUGUUACUUCUUCGUCCAAAAAUGCCACUGUACGCCUUUACUGUGGACUAACUGCAAAUUCACCCAUUACCGAGGAACACUUAUGUGAAGAGGACAAGUCAACAUCACAAAUAUCCACAACAUCCACCAAAGCUACCACAACCACCACACAUGAACCCACCACAUCACUGCCUGACUGCAGGGUAUUUCCUGAGCUCUGUGAAGAACACCCCGCUCAGCAGACAGGUACCAUUGGAAUUGGAGCCAUUGUUGGAAUUGUGAUUGCAGGAGUUGUCCUUCUUUUCAUACUCUUCAUACUACUGGUUCUUUUAAUGAGGAGAUAUUACUGUGGAAAUCCUGACAAUCACCCCUAUGACAAUACAGUGGUGUAUGACAAUGAUUAUGAAACACUGCAUCCACCAGAUUCGAAAGAGCUGCCUGCUUUUGAAAACAAUUCCUAUAUAUCGAAUGGACAUGCCACAGGUGAUACAGUGGAAGAGGACCCUCCCGCUGGAUAUGCACACUACAUAACACCCGUAAAUGAGUAUGAUGAUAUCGAUGAAAAACCUCACUACGACAACCUUGGAAAUGAAGAACCUCACUACAACAGCCUUCGAAAUGAAAAACCUCACUACGACAACCUUCGAAAUGAAGCUAUUGCCUCUGAUUUGGACCAGCCAAAUUCACAAAAGACCAGUUUGUAAUGUACUAUACAGUCAAACCUUUGUUUAGCUUACAAGUACUAAACAAAAUAAGUUCCCCAACUCCUGCAAUUAAGAAAA